AUGGCAUUGGCGGCUACCUUCCACGUCCCCCCUGUGGUGCCCCAUAGACCCCAUACACCUGGAGGUGGGUUAGGCUCCAGGCUGCAGGGCUUGUCCUCAGCACACAGAGCUAAACCCAGAGCAAAAGCAGCGCCAGGUCCCAGGCGUCCCUCAGGGCAGUGUGCUGCAGCCUGGAUUGUCCCCAAUCACUGCAGAACCAUCCGUGGCCAUGUCCCCAGGUCAGCACGCUGCCCAUCUUCUCUUCCAGCACGCCUGACCGUGUCCUACUGCCGGAGCAGUGGCCCUGGGGGUCAGAACGUCAAUAAAGUGAAUACCAAGGCAGAAGUUCGGUUCCACCUGGCCUCAGCAGACUGGAUUCCAGAAGCUACAAGGCAAAAAAUGGCAUCGAUGCACAGGAAUAAGAUAAACCGAGCUGGUGAGCUGAUUGUGAACUCUGAAGAGAGUCGCUACCAAAUGAGGAAUCUGGCGAUUUGUCUAGAAAAAAUCAGAACCAUGGUCACGGAGGCCACAGAGACACCCAAGGUGGUGUCUAAGGAGACUACACAGAAACUCAUAGAGAGGGUGGAAAAAAUGAACCGUGAACGACUACGACAGAAAAAGAUACACUCAAGUAUAAAACAGAGCAGGAAGGCAGACUUUGACUGAGAACAGCAGAGAUUGAAGUCCUCAACGUACCCAUCUUUUUAAAGAAAUGGCAUUGGCGGCUGUAGGUGAUGCUAAACUUAUGAGCUGUAUUAAAUAGAAAUGGUCUAAAAGUGUAAAUAAAAAUAUUUAACAUCUUCUUUUGAACAUAGUGA